AUGGCUUUAUUCUCUCUAGGCGGUCCUCUGGUUGCUCCUCUCAAGACUGCAAGGGCGUCGAUCCGCGAUAUGCCUGCUGAAGUCUUGUCGGAGAUUUUCGCGUACGCAAGGGAGAACAAUCGACCGCUCGUCACUGAGGGAGGCAAUGUACUUACGCCUGGUUGGAUGUCUUUCGCUAUGGCGCGGCUCUACUACACGGGAACGAUAUACAACGCGCUAGCGGGGGAGUUCGCCAGGUCCAUCGCCAUGACUCAGAUCCCUACUCGGUUCGCGUUUCUCGUGAACAAGAUCGCCGAGCGUCCGAUUCACUUCGAGAUCUCUCCUUACUCUCCUUACGUCGACGAACAAACAUGGUAUUUGACGAACGCGCUUUCUGCUGUCAAUCUCUGGCAGCAAGGCCUUGCGGUUGCCCCUAGAGUGACAAGCAUGUGUAUCGGCGUUUGUCAUAACUUGAGCAGGUUUUGCGACGCUGAGUUUCCCGAUGUGCUGCAAUCACUAUCCGCGCCGUCUCGCUGGCCCAAUCUCGUGAAACUAUCCCUCUUCGGCCUCAAAAAGGACCAUAUCAUCCAGUUCGCAAACCACAUCAAGGAGGUCGAGCUUGCGUUCGAAUACUGUGCAAAGGACUCGGUAGAGCGCGUGACUCCGCUUACUGUCGCGCAGGCGCUCUUCAACAACCAGCACAUCGAGUCUCUUUCGAUCAGGUUUGAUGGUAACGUCAACGGCGCGGAUUCGGAAGCUGGUCCUGCAGCAAUCGCGCACAUGUCGCGCUUAAAGCGCAUGAGGUUUUCCGGCUGCGUCGACCUUCAAUUUCUCUGCGGCAUCUUCUCGUGGGUCAGGCUCGAAUCGACAUUCGAACUCGUGCAAAUCGAUAUCGCGGUCGAAGAGCAUCAUCUCGAGUCACACCUUACCGGGUUCUUGGACUCCGUUGGAUGGAUGCAUAACUCGUGCACGCACUUUCGAGUGGUCGUCGAUAUGAAACGCGAUACGUACGAGCUACAUCUCGAGGGUUGGGGACAGCCCGAUGUUGAGGUUGCCGCGUCGGAGCGUCCACGCGUCAAGGCGGGCAAACAUUUUGUGGAGGGCGAUGCUAGGGUCAGCCUUUCGCUGUUUGCGCAGAGCCACAACAUCCCGGUCGAAGCCGCCGUUGUGCUGCUGAUAGACAAGCUGUCUUCCGGCUAUGCGCACGUCUUGUUUGUGGAUUUUUCCGACUUCUGCCAUGAACCGCCGACGUGUAACUGGAACUGGCUGGGGAAGUUGGACGCGCGUAUCGUCGUGCCCUUCAACGAGGUGUAUUCGUGCUACCGAAGGCAGACGGAAGAGAACUGCUCUGCACUGUGGGAAAUUGUGGUAGCGAGGAGAGGUGCGCGGGCGGAAAGGCAGCCUUGGACUUACUGCGAAGAGGCUGUUGUGUACGACGCUCUUACCCCUUUGGAGCAGAAUGAGCUGAAGGACAUGACUAUUUUGAACUGGGUAUCUGGAUAUCUACGUGAUGUUUGA